UUUCACUCUUCACCGUACACUUAUCAAGUGCUUCACUGAACGAUUGUCAGACCAGGCUUGGUUCCCCAUAUUUCAUUACAAGGUAUAGCCCCGUUGAAUCAUAGUCUGGCCUGCACUUUGCCGCUCCAUGUGACCUGGCGUUUGCGUGUAGGCACAGAGUCACAGGCGCGUUACCUAGAGGAGUGAUGUCAUUUGUCCAUCUUUCCAAGAACAACUCUUCACUGCUUGCAGGGUAUUGGACAAGGCAAGUGUGACAUAAAGCGAUCUUCGAUCGUCUCAUGGGCAAAUCCCAUCAUUGGUUCCCCAUGCAGUGUAGGAUUGCCAUUCCAGUGAUUUGAUUCAAAGGCUGCAACCUUGCGGGGUUGCGGAGGAAACUCCUACCCAGAUAUAUAAAUAGGCCUGCUUGAUCGCAGGCCUUCUGGAAUCCAUCAUUCAUCCAACUCUUCCAUUUCACACUCCAUACUUGCAAAUCUCACCUCACAAACCUAUCGAACAAGAUGGCUUCCACUAACCCAGGCAACUUUGCCAACCGUCCCACCGAGGAGGUUCGAGAGAUUGCUGCCAAGGGCGGUCAUGCUUCUCACGGUGGCUCCCAUCAAACCUCUGAGCCGGGCCGCAACCCUGACGGUACUUUCACCAAGGGCUCUGAGGUGGCGAGGGAGCUUGGGGCCAAAGGAGGUCACAUUGCACAGGAGCAUCGCGAGGAGAAUCAGGCUAUCGAGGAGGCCGGUCGUAACCCGGAUGGUACUUUCAAGAAGGGGAGCGAGCUAGCUCACAAGCUCGGCGCUCAAGGAGGGCAUGCCGCUCACGAAGGUGCCUAAGAUCUCCAAAGAUGGACUCUGAAAGUGCUCGUUGAACGUGCAGGUGAACAUUGAUGAGCAUUGUUCGCUUGGACUGGUCUGAUUGAGGCUAUCUCGACAGAGGAUGGGUUGGGCUCUUCAUGGCAACGACUAAUGGACCUUACGAAAUCAAUAUGCUUCUACCGAGUGUAAUGAAAGUAAUGAACGCCAAUGCAAGAUAUUAUGACUGGCGCUGUAUCGAAAUGGCAACGUAGAAGCUGUUUUAGGUGAUGGUAUUGAACUUAUUUAAUCACCUUAUGUAAACUCCAAUCGACUUCUGGCGGUGGGCGCCCACCUAGCAUGCUCACCAAUGUGUACCUUUUUCUUCCAGGGCCCUUCUAGCUAAGAGCAUCAACACACAUCCUUUCUCAAUUAGUGCUUUAUCCUAGGGGUGGUGCGUAAGUAGCUGUUCGGCAAGAAAGACAAAGAGAAUGUUGCUAGGAAAUCCAUA